AUGGCCGACGACGGCGCUGGAGGAGCCCCCGCUGCUGCUUCAGGAGCUCCGGCAGUCUCAGGUGGUGGUGGUCCGGGAGAACCAGUUCCAGUUCCCGCUCAUGGCGCACACGCUGGGCACCAAUCAACUGCUCACACUACGAACGGUCCGGCGAUUGAGGAGAUUGCCUCUCUUACAUCACCUCGCCUCUUUACACCCAAUCCUUUCAUCGCCAUCAGCAGCAUCCUCCUUACCAUCCUUGGUUUUGUUGUUGGUCUUGGUCUUUCCUUCCGCAGUGCUACCGCGUAUGAACGUUAUGCGGAAGGGAGGAGAUAUUGGGCACAGUUAAUCCUGGCAAGCCAGAGCCUCGGACGUGUUUUCUGGAUUCAUGCGACAGAAAGGAAAGACAUCCCCGAAGACAGGCAAGAAGAAUUUAGAAAGAGGGACGUCCUUGAGAGACUGACUGCAAUGAACCUUGUUGUUGCCUUCGCAGUUGCGCUCAAACACAGGCUUCGAUUUGAACCCUACACCAAUUAUGAGGAUAUUUCAAGUCUUGUUUCGCAUCUCGACACGUUUGCACGCGUAGCAACGCAGGGUGACCCCCUUAGUGCUCGCAAGACUCUCAGGAGGAACGGGUUCUUCAAAAGCGUGGGUGAAUAUCUUGGCGUGUCGUUCGCAGAGAGCAAUCCGCGCAAGGCUAUUAAGAAAGCCAAUCUUCCUCUGGGGAACUUGCCGCUCGAGAUCUUGUCGUAUCUGGCUAGUUAUACAGAUGAACUUGCCCUCUCUGGUCGCCUGCCUGUCACGAUGCACCAGACAACCGCAUACAAUAACAUUUCGACACUGAAUGACGUGCUCGUGGGAACGGAACGCGUCCUCAACACCCCGCUCCCCAUUGCGUACUCGAUCGCGAUUGCACAGAUAACAUGGGUGUAUGUGCUUGUGCUUCCCUUCCAACUGCUAUCGACACUUGAUGGCUGGCUCACAAUACCUGCCACUGUCGUGGCGGCCUACAUCAUCCUGGGUAUUCUUUUUAUCGGGCGAGAAAUCGAAAACCCUUUUGGGCAAGAUGUCAACGACUUGCACCUCGAGGCGUUCUGUGCGCAGAUCGCAGCUGAGAUGGACAUCAUUGCUAGCCGGCCUAAGCCACAGAGUAGCGAAUGGAUGGAGUCGAACGAGAAUCGCGUCCUCUGGCCUCUAUCGAACUCUGGCUGGAACGUAUGGAUGACACGAGGGGAGAACCAUAUCCGCGAGGCAAUUCUCCACAAGGUCCAGUCCACCUUUAUGAGCCAAAAGAAGAGGGAAGCUGAAGCCGAAGGACGUCCCUUCGCAGCAGCAGAUAAAGGCGAGAACCUGAUCUUCAGGGCUUUCCGCAAUGACUGCCGACCGCGACUUGCCGACGUCUUUCGCAUCCAAGUCAUCAGCAAUCCUCAAGUUCGGUCGCCCAUUCUCACCCUAGGCAGUACCACAUUCAGCCAUGUUAAGCAUGAAAAUAUCUACCUUGUCGCAAUUACAAAGAGCAAUGCCAAUGCUGCCCUCGUUUUUGAGUUCUUGUACCGCUUGAUCCAGCUCGGCAGAAGCUAUUUUGGCAAAUUCGAUGAAGAAGCUGUUAAGAACAACUUCGUACUCGUUUACGAGCUUCUCGACGAAAUCAUCGACUUUGGCUACCCCCAGAACACCGAGACCGAUACCCUCAAGAUGUACAUCACGACCGAAGGCGUCAAGUCUGAGCGUGCUGUCGAAGAUUCGGCCAAGAUCACAAUGCAGGCUACAGGCGCAAUAUCAUGGAGGAAGGCCGACGUCAAGUACCGCAAGAAUGAAGCCUUCGUAGAUGUGAUCGAAGAUGUCAACCUGCUCAUGAGUGCGACCGGUGCGGUGUUACGUGCCGAUGUCACUGGACAAAUUAUCAUGCGUGCCUACCUGAGCGGCACCCCCGAGUGCAAGUUUGGCCUGAACGACCGCCUACUCCUCGAUAACGACUCGAAUCUCCCGAGCGGGAACAAAAUGGGUAGUAAAGCGACAAAGGCUGCUGCCGGAAGUGUCACUCUCGAGGACUGCCAGUUUCACCAAUGCGUCAAACUUGGAAAGUUUGACAGUGACCGCAUCAUCAGCUUCAUUCCUCCUGAUGGCGAGUUCGAGCUGAUGCGCUAUCGUGCCACCGAAAAUGUCAACCUCCCCUUCAAGGUACAUGCUAUUGUCAAUGAGGUUGGCAAGACCAAGGUUGAAUACAGCAUCGGCAUCCGGUCGAACUUUGGUGCAAAGUUAUUCGCGACAAAUGUCGUUGUUCGAAUCCCUACGCCGCUUAACACGGCUAGAAUCACAGAACGCUGCACGCAGGGCAAAGCCAAAUACGAACCAUCUGAAAACAACAUUGUCUGGAAGAUUGGCCGCUUCAGUGGCCAAUGCGAAUAUGUUCUGAGCGCAGAGGCAGAGUUGACUAGCAUGACGAACCAAAAAGCUUGGAGCCGACCCCCGCUGAGUUUGAACUUUAGCUUGUUAAUGUUUACAAGCUCAGGAUUGCUUGUUAGAUUCUGA